GUUUAUUUAAAAUUUGUAACUUUACUCAAUUUAUAAUGUUAUUUAAUUUUGUUUGUAAUUAUAAUUUAAAACCAUGAAUAGAUGGAAUAAUUUUUGUAUUUCUGUAAAAUAUUUUAAAUAUUACACAUUUAAGAAUCACUCAUCAUAUCGCAUAAUCAGGAUUCCCAUAGAAGAUAAAACUCCACUAAAUUUUAAGUUAAUAAAUGAGAAACUGUUGGAACCUCAAGAGCUGAGUUCUUCAAGUAGAACUAAACUACUUGAUGUAUAUGAUGCAGUAUCAGACUUAAAUGUUAAAAAGAUACUUGAUGAUGUGUACUAUAAUAAGUUGGUGGAACAAACAUCACAUAUAAGUUCCACACUCAUCCCAGAAGAUUACGCCAAAAUUUUCAAUAAAUUCAGACAAUUCCCUAAAAUUACGUCAGAAUAUGUACAGUCUCUGAACUUACAAGUUCAAAGAUUGUCAAAAAAUUUCACAACGAAACAAAUAGCCAUUUUGCUAAGGUCGUAUGCACAUCUUAAAUCCAGAUCUGUAAAGACAAUUGCCGACUUAGUAGAAACAUUUAACAAGAAGUUUAAUGACUCUGAAGUAUGGGAACUUAGAGAAUUAGCCUCAGCUUUAGCUUCUCUUAAUAUUCCUUAUACUGGGCACACAAAGACCUUUUUUGACCAAACUGUGUCAAUUCUACCCAAGAGUCUUAAGACUAUGGACCCGAAUGAUAUCGCAAUAUUUGUAAAUUCGUUUGCUAGACUCCGUGUUCCACAUAAUGAAAUUUUACACUUUAUAGAGAUGAACAGCAAUAGAAUAGUAAAUAAUAUCCUUCCCAAGAAUUUCUCACUCAUAUUAAAUUCCUUUGCAAAGAACAUCAAAUACUCUGAUGGCCUUAUGGAUUCCUGCUCUAAAAAAUUAGUUAGUGUUUUUUCAGAUACUGAGUCGGAUUUUUAUAAUAAAAUGAACGUGAUUGACGUCUCAAUUAUCCUGAAUUCAUUCUCAAAACUUGAAUACUUCGACCAUAAAUUAUUCAACCUGUUUAUACCAUGGUUAAUGGAAAAGAUAAAUGGAGAAACCAAAACCUUAUCUUUGGUGCUGUUAGUACACGCUUACUCCCAAGCGGGAGUCAGGAGUAAGGAUUUGUUUUCAAAAAUAGCACACCAACUCAUAUAUAGAGUGUCAAACCUAAAUCCACAGCAAUUGGGGCUGGUUUCACUUUCCUAUGCUAAAAUAGGUUAUUCACCAUCACUUUUAUUUCACAGAAUAGCUGACGAAAUUAUAUAUAGAGGAACAAUAGGACUUAAAUAUGAAAGAUAUGACUUCGAUUUUCAAUCUCUAGAACAGAUAACACAGGCAUUCAGUAGAAUAGGGUUUAAGGAUAAGAGGGUUUUCUCAGUUUUGACCACACUCCUGAAGUCAAGACUAAAAAAUCAUAGAGAAGAGAUAAGCGGAGAAAUGCUAGCUUCAUUGAUGGUCUCCUUUUCUAGAAACAAAGUUGAUGGAUCAGUUCCGUUUAUAAACCAAGUUUUGGAAAAUCUGGAUGAUUACAACGCAUUUAGCACCAUUUCACUUUCAAAGGUUCUAACGUCAUUUCAUAAACUUGGAAUGAAAAAUUCCAAACUAACAGGAAAAUUGUUAAAAGAAACUAAACAAAGGGUGAACCAGUUUAUCCCGUCAGUUUUAAUUAAGGCUUUUAAGGCUCUAGCAAUGCUCAAGAUAUAUGACCCAACCCUGACCAAAGAGGUUAUUAAAAGGUGUUCUUUGCAGUUGGCCAACUUGUCAACGAUUGACCUUGCAAACUUAGUGUACUCACUAUCAGAAUUAUCAUAUCGUAACGUAACUUUCCUGAAAAAAUUGUCGGUGUGCAUAAAUUAUCAACUAAAUGACUUCAACAAUCAUGAUUUGCAUAUUCUCUUCUCAAGGCUUUCAAUGCUCAGAGUUUCUGAUUUGGAUUUGUUAACUAAACUGGCUGAUAAAAUAACGGCAGUUCAGCAUGAGCUAAAUGAAGUUGAGAAGUCUGAAAUAGCAAUUGCAAUAGUGUAUACAAUCACGCAUUUCGAAUGCUUAAAUAGGGAGAUAUCUGAAAGUUCAGGGCAAAAUACUACAUUUUAUCAAGUUCCAGAGCACUUUUAUAAUCUUCUUGAUCAUCUUUUGAGUCUUCUUGAACACAAAAUGGAUAUUAGUACAGUGUUCAGGCUUAAGACCAUAUACCUAUAUCUUCAAACUAAGCCUAAAAAAUUUUUGUCCAUGUCAAAAAAAUCAAGAGAAGUUCUAGAAAAGGCAAACUCGGUUGAAUUUAGCCUGGCAGAGUAUCUGUUAACAUCAUCGUCUGCCCAUAAGGAAAUCUCACAUUAUUUGAAUCUGAUUGGGCUAACUCACAAAAAUGAAGUUCAAGUUGGGCCUUACUUAAUUGAUAUAGUCCCUGUGUGUGCCGAAAAUGUUGCUAUCGAGUAUGAUGGGCCUUCUCAUUUCUAUGUUGAAACCGUAAUGCGAAACAUUAAAUCGAUUUUAAAACACGAGAUAUUAAAGAGUAGAGGAUGGAAGGUUAUUCAUAUACCAUACCAGGAGUGGGCUCAAUUAGUUGAUGAGAAGCAGAAGAUAAUAUACCUAAAUAAGAUAAGGAAGGAUAUUUUGGGUAACAACGGAAACGUGUUGGAAAAUAAUAUAAAAAACAAGCCUGUAACAUAAUGUAUUUAGGAAAUAAA